AUGUCUCACACAUUCACAAAAACCUCGGUCCCAUUUGGACCACUUUUCACUCUAAACGCACUCACGCGAGCGGCGAUCGUGCGCGGUCAGCCGUCCCUCGCCAAUUUCAGCGUCUCGAUCGGCAACGCCACGUUCACUGGGCUCCACGCACCAGUAUUGACUACUCAAGACGCUGAUUCGGUGCUUGUCACCGUGUUCCCAACCCCAGCUAUAUUUUCUGCUUUCGACGUCCAAGGUGGUCAAUCAAGCGCCCCUGUAAUCACUCCUUCCAUGUCCAUGGAACAUGAUGCCGUGCAUUCCACUGUUCAUUCGGUACUCACCCCAAGUGUGCAGGUCACCACGACGUCUUCGGGAGCCCUUAUGACGAUCUGCACCCAAUUCUGCUCGACCACAGUAUCGAUCGCCACCGUCGCUGAAGCGACCUAUCUCAUACAGACGGAAACUAGCAAACCGUUGUCAGUUGCGAUCGUCACUCCUGUGAUUCCUUUAUCCAAUUCUUCGUCCUCUUCAUACGGCCACACCAUUACCGUACAACAUCCGGAGGUACCAUCCUCAUUCAUGGUGUUUUCAAGUAAAUCCUCCCCUCCUGUCUCACUCGCGACAACGGCCACGGUUGAUGAGUCUUCUGUUGACUCUAGCAUCCAGAAUAGCAGCUCCAAGAAGGGUUUCAUCUCUGCUCUCGUGGUCAUAUUCGCACUGCUCGGAAUCGGAACAGUUCUGUGUUGUCGUAAAGUGCUCAACCGGAGAAGGCAGCGUCGCCUCCGGGCAGAGGCUGCGGCAGCUCUCGCCGCAGCGGGGUGGAAUGACGACGAUGAGUCGACGCUCUAUCGGCGCCACAGCGCCAGCGACUUUGUAUUACCGCGACCGUUGGCUUCGGCUCCGCCAUCGCCAGACUCGACGCUCACGGACUGGGACUCGUUGAUCGACCCAGAUUUCUUUUCUCCCCAUGCUGUCGAACUGUCGCAGCUUGAACCGGUUGUGACCAGGAACACGCACGUGGUCGACACUCGCCGUUCGCCACCUUCGCCGUUUGGGCCAAGCUUCAAGACGGCACCGGCUGAUGCUAGUUGCCCAGCCUACCACUUGCCAACGGGCUAUGGAACUUACUCGCCGGCGCCGGUCCCAAAGGCGCACCUUGCUUAA